UUAAACAGGUUAAACCAUUACAGUUUUUAAAUUUUUGGUUGGUGAAACGUGCAAGUGGAACCAAAGUGACCAAACAUAUUGUUGAACUUGAUAAACUGAGGUUAUCGCUUAAUCGACAUAUCAGUCUUAUCACUCAAAAGUUUUUUACUGUUUCAUGCAUUCCUUGGUUGAUUUCCAAUUUGUUGAGUCACUCAAUUUUUCACACAUUGUCGUUGAACCCAAUGUUUUUUGUUUAUAUUACAGGUAGUUUUUGAGCAAAAUAUAGUCCCUAUCGCCUAUAAUUAUAAGAUUAUAAUUUAAUAAUUUGUAUCAAAUUGUCAAAUUGUAAAUUACUUCAUUCAUAAUCGCCUCUUUUGAGGUCGAACAUAAAGAAAACGAUUAACACUUUUUAACGAGAGUUAUACAAGUUUAUCCACUUUUUUGUGAGAAUCGAGAAUACAAAGUGAUACAAAGUUUCAAUAUCAAUAGAUUGCAUACUGGUCAAACAGGUUUUUUUUUAAUACGCAAUUUCUAAGAAUUAGAUUAUCUGCGUAACAUAAUGUGCACAAAAUUGAUCUCUAAGUUUAUUGUUGUCAUACCUGAGAUCAAAAAGGCAAAGGUUGAGGAAUAAUUCUAACCUCCAAAAUUUUUAUUAUUCACCAUGGCCUUGUCAAGGAUCGGCAAGUCCCAAAAUUUAUCCAUACUUUCUCGUCUUAAGCAGGAAGCAACAUCUCUUGGCGAGAUUCACCACACAAAUCCAAACCGAAUCAAGAACUUCCACCUCUCCAGAGUUUUUCGUUACCCAGAAGCUCCACCUUUACCCCUGCCAACUAAUAUAUCCGAAAUUUUCGCCAACGAAACAAGUCGUUUUACACCAGAAAGGGCUCGUGAUAUUACGACUCCAGUUUUGCUUUACAGUUCCAGCAACCACAAACAAUUUGCAGCAGGAUCAAAAGGAUCAAGAGCUUCUUUUGAUAUCGACAACUCAAAUUGGACGAGUACAAGUCCACAAGAUUCACAUGUGGAAUCCUACGACUGUUUCGGUGCCGUUAAUCUGAACAGUUCUAUGCAGACCAAUGUCCCGAAACCCUUUAAUUCGACUGGAAAAUGUACUUAUUUAAACAUGCCUGGGGGUCAGUGGGUUAGAAACGGCACAUACAUUGCCGAUUCUCAGCUUCUCGAACGAGAUAACAAAAAUGGUCAUACCAGUGCAAGAAAUUACUCGACGGAUAGCAUAAGUUCAAAUCAGACAAAAAGCUCUGAAUCUGAUACUUCUAAAAUUGAAAAGGCAAAACUGAUACUAACUAAAAAGGAGAGGUUCAGGAUCGUGCUGAAAGAUUACGGAAAGACUGUAACCAUUUUUCAUAUUACAAUUUCUCUCAUAUCACUUGGUGUGUGUUACGUCGCAGUCUCAAGUGGUGUCGAUAUGACAAACCUGGCAAGUGUCAUGACUGAAAACAAUAAUGAAUUAGUGCAAAAAAUCAUGGUUAACUCAUCGACAUUUGCUGUAGCUUAUGGUGUCCAUAAACUAAUGGCUCCCAUAAGACUCGGAAUUACAAUGACGGUGGUGCCUUUCCUGAUAUACAAUGUAAGGAAGAGAUGGCUAGUUCGAUUCUAGGAGGUAGAUAAAAAGGUAUUAUCUUUUG